GGAACGGAAUCGGAUCGCGAAAAUCGAGAUAUCUUGGUGCAGUGAAACUGGAUUAUUAAAACGCGGAGUGGAUUGCGGAAAAAGUCGGAUUUUCCUCGCGUCUCGCCGUCGUUGUGUAGUGUGUCCCUUGGCAACAUGAGCCCGUUAAUGUCGAAGGUGCUCUCGUUGCACCAAUUCCGACCGGUGGCGUUCAAUCUGGUAGUUCGCCUAUUUUCUGUGUCGGUGCACCACAACACUCGAUUGGCCGAGGUAGGCAGGCUUGAGUUACCGAAGGCACAAGGCAAAUACGAGACGGGCCAACUAUUCCUGCACCGUGUCUUUGGUUACCGUGGAGUCAUACUCUUCCCGUGGCUUGCUCGAGUGUACGAUCGUGAUCUUCCGAAUCAGACGAAGGCCGGUAACCAGCUGGAAGGUGGCGGUACCGUGGCCUCUGGCGGUGGCGGGACAACAGGGAAUGGUUCACAAGGCACACAGGGCAAGGAGGUGCAAAAGAAGACGCACACGUUUUAUCAGGUGUUGAUAGAUCAGCGCGAUUGUCCUUACAUCCGCGCGCAGACGGAAGCUGUUACGUUUCUCGGCAAUCAGGAAUCGAGCCGCAGCCUAUAUGCCAUUCCUGGGUUGGACUAUGUAGCGCACGAAGACAUCCUCCCAUACAGCUCUGGCGAGCACCAUCCGUUACAGCAUGAACUGUUCGAUAAGUUUUUGGCCCACCAACCGGACAAGGAUCCUCCGUUUGUGGCACAGGAAACACUGCGAGCAUGGCAGAAAAAGAACCAUCCGUGGCUCGAACUUUCGGAUGUGCACAAGGAAACUACGGAAGGCAUUCGAGUGACGGUCAUUCCGUUCUAUAUGGGCUGCCGGGAAACUCCGGCUGCCUCCGUCUACUGGUGGCGUUACUGUAUCCGGUUAGAAAAUUUAGGAGAGCUGAGUGUACAGUUGCGUGAACGUCACUGGAGGAUCUUUUCGCUAUCGGGCACACUGGAGACAGUACGCGGUCGUGGGGUAGUUGGGCAGGAACCAGUCUUGAGCCCGCGAUUGCCAGCGUUUCAGUACAGCUCACAUGUGAGUCUGCAGGCCCCGAGCGGCCACAUGUGGGGUACGUUCCGUAUGGAGCGUGAAGAUGGUCACAUGUUCGAUUGUCGCAUACCGCCCUUCUCGUUGGAAAGCAAACCAGACGAUAACAGUAGUACCGGAGUCGAGGAAACAGUUGGGCCUCUUGCCGCCUCCACUAGCAGUGAUGCAGCAGCUUCCGGAGUGACGAGCAGCACUAAAAACACAGACGAAUCUACGCCUUCGAACUCUCCAACGACAAAUGCGCCCUCAUCGCAACCAAAUACGAAAAAACCCGGCGAUGGCGAUGAUAAUGCCUGAUUGGCUAUCCGUUCGCCAGUCCCAGUGCUAGCGCUAAAGGGACAGCUAACCAGUGUUAGGGCCAUACGUGGGGCUAAA